UCAAGAUUUUCAAUUUUUCACUUUUGCCUGCUCGCACUGUCUGCUCUCCUCUUGAACAGCUCCUGUUUCCGCCGAGUUCCAAACAAAGAAGAAGAACAAACAGCUAAAGGAAGAAACGUGAGGAGGACAGUGGCAAACAUGGUUAGUUUCAAUACUCUCGAAAGAGAGCGCUACUUUCAGAACCCGCCGACCGACAAAUCGGCCUUCCCGCUCCUCGCUGAAGCAGUCGCACCGCACAUCGGCUCCUUCAAUGCCUUGACCGCCGGCGGCCUGCUUGAUCUUGCUGUCAAGGAUAUCGGAGAGAAGGUUAUCUUUGACAGCAACGACCCGAAGAGACUUGGAAACAAGAUGUCAUACCGAAUCGACCAAGUGCAAAUCCUGAAGCCGACCCUAUCUGGCCGCGACAAGACUACGAUCAACAGAAGAGUCUACCCUGCUGAGGCUCGUGAACGUAUGACGACAUACCAGGCCCGCAUGAUUCUGAAGUUCACCUACAGUGUCAACGAUGGUCCCGAGCAGUCAGAAAACAGAGAUGUUGGAUUCAUUCCGAUCAUGCUCCGGUCAAACAGAUGCCACAUCGAGAAGAUGUCACCGGCCGAGCUCAUCGCGCACAAGGAGGAGUCAGAAGAGCUUGGAGGUUACUUCAUCAUCAACGGAAUCGAAAAGCUCAUUCGUAUGCUCAUUGUUCAGCGUCGUAAUCAUCCCAUGGCUAUCGUCCGGCCAUCGUUCACUGGACGAGGUGCUACCUACAGUCAGUUUGGUAUUCAGAUCAGAUGCGUUCGACCUGACCAGACUUCGCAGACGAACGUCCUGCAUUAUCUGACCGACGGUAGCGUCACCUUUAGAUUCUCAUGGCGCAAGAGCGAGUACUUGAUUCCAGUCAUGAUGAUCUUGAAGGCUCUCGUGAACACCAACGACAAAGAAAUCUUUGAUGGUAUUGUCGGCUCAGACACGAAGAACAGUUUCUUGACUGAUCGUCUCGAGCUCAUGCUUCGCUCGUACAAAGUCUACAACCUUUACUCACAAGAAGAGACCCUGGCCCACCUUGGUGACAAAUUCCGAGUCGUCAUGGGCGUCUCUCCCGACAAGACCGAUGUCGAGGUCGGACGCGAGUUUAUGCGCCGGAUCGUGCUUGUCCACCUCAAGUCGAACGAAGACAAGUUCCGCUUGCUCCUGUUCAUGAUCCGAAAGCUUUACGCUUUGGUUGCCGGUGACUGCUCGCCGGACAAUCCGGAUGCUACCCAGCACCAGGAAGUUCUUCUCGGUGGAUUUUUGUACGGAAUGAUCAUUAAGGAGAAGAUCGAAGAGUAUCUCAACAAUUUUGCUGCACAGGUUAACCAAGACAUCGUUCGUGGUCAGCCUGUCAACUUUUCUGAUCACAAAUAUAUCUCAAAGGUGUUUCUGAAAACAAACGACAACAUCGGCAAGAAGCUGAACUACUUCUUGUCGACCGGUAACUUGAUCUCUCAAUCCGGUCUUGACUUGCAGCAGGUAUCUGGAUACACCGUCGUCGCAGAAAAGAUUAACUUCUACCGGUUUAUCUCCCACUUCCGCAUGGUCCAUCGUGGCUCCUUCUUUGCUCAGCUCAAGACCACAACUGUGCGAAAGCUGCUGCCAGAAAGUUGGGGUUUCCUUUGCCCUGUCCACACUCCCGAUGGAUCUCCUUGCGGUCUGCUGAACCAUCUUGCGCACAAAUGUAUCAUCACCACCGAGGCCGUCGACGUCAGCGCCGUUCCAUCUCUUGUGCGAAGCCUGGGCGUCAGUGCGCCCAAUAUGGCUGGCUCGGGUCAAAACAUGUGCUGUGUUCAACUAGACGGCCAGAUUCUCGGCUGGUGCUCUCACAAGACUGCCAAGCGCGUGGCGGACUCGCUGAGAUUCUGGAAGGUCGAGGGUACCCAUGGUGUUCCGAACGAGCUCGAGAUCGGACUCGUGCCGACUUCCAACGGCGGACAGUAUCCCGGUUUGUACAUGUUUUCUUCGCAAUCACGAAUGCUCCGGCCUGUGAAAUACCUUCCUCUAGAGAAGGAGGAUAUUGUUGGUCCGUUCGAGCAGGUGUAUAUGGACAUCGCCUGUGCUCCUGAAGAGAUCACAUCCGGACUGCAUACUCACGUUGAGUACUCUCCCACAAACAUUCUCUCUAUCCUCGCCAACAUGACUCCCUUCUCGGAUUUCAACCAGUCGCCGCGAAACAUGUACCAGUGUCAGAUGAGUAAGCAGACUAUGGGUACCCCUGGUACUGCGCUCCGCUACAGAGCCGAUAACAAGCUGUACCGUCUGCAGACAGGCCAGACUCCUAUCGUCAAGGCUAAGCUGUACGACGACUAUGGACUCGACAACUUCCCGAACGGUAUGAAUGCCGUCGUCGCUGUUAUUUCCUACACUGGUUACGAUAUGGAUGACGCUAUGAUUUUGAACAAGUCUGCCCACGAGCGAGGAUUCGGAUACGGUACUGUGAUCAAGGUUGAGAAGAUCGACCUUGCUGAAAAGCGCCGACGGGGCGAGCCUGUUGCCCAGAGAUUCGGUUUCGGUAGCGAUGCUUGGCCGGAGGAGUGGCGCAUCAAGCUCGACAGUGACGGCCUGCCGAUAGUGGGUAUGCUCUUGGAACAGGGCGAUCCCAUGGCGGCCUACUUUGACGAGAACCUGGGACGCACCAAGGUCAUGCUCUACAAGUCAUCCGAGGCCGCGUUUGUCGAGGAAGUGCGUCUGAUUGGUGACGACAACGAUGGCGAGUUCCAGGCUAUCUCCGUCAAGCUUCGCGUGACUCGUUCCCCGCUCAUCGGAGACAAGUUCUCGUCUCGUCACGGUCAGAAAGGUGUCUGCUCGCAGCGAUACCCGGCCGUUGACAUGCCGUUCUCAGAGACCGGUAUUCAGCCUGAUAUCAUUAUCAACCCCCACGCUUUCCCGUCCCGUAUGACUAUCGGUAUGUUUGUCGAGAGUCUGGCGGGUAAGGCUGGAGCAAUGCAUGGUAUCGCGCAGGAUUCGACACCGUUCCAGUUUGACGAGAAGAACACGGCUGCCGACCACUUUGGCAAGCAGCUUGCCGAGUGCGGUUUCAACUACCACGGAAACGAGCCCAUGUACUCUGGAAUCACAGGAGAGGAGUUCAAGGCCGAUAUCUACGUCGGUGUCGUCUACUACCAGCGUCUCCGUCACAUGGUCAACGACAAAUACCAGGUGCGAUCCACCGGCCCCGUCAACAGUCUGACCAUGCAGCCCGUCAAGGGCCGUAAGCGCUCCGGAGGUAUCCGUAUCGGUGAGAUGGAACGUGAUGCGUUGAUCGCCCACGGAACCUCAUUCUUGCUGCAAGAUCGAUUACUCAACUGCAGUGACUACACGCAAGCCAACGUCUGCCGCGACUGCGGCUCGCUGCUUUCGACAGUCACCACCGUCCCUGCCGUCGGAAGCGCGGCGGAGAUCAAGUGCCGCCGCUGCGCGACACGGUUGGUCAAUAAGGCCGGCGGUGUGGCGGAGGAUAUACAUGGAAGUGGAGUUUGGGAGGACGGCGCCGGAACGAAGUUCCAGGGCGGAGACAACACCACCACGGUCGCCAUCCCUUACGUCUUGAGAUAUCUUGACGUUGAGCUGGCAGCCAUGGGCGUCAAAAUGAAGUUCAACGUGAAGCCUACUUAAAUUUGAAGGCGAGCGUAUGUCGUGGAAGUUGAGGAAAGAAGGAGAAAUAGGUGGUAAGGGAUGAUGUACGACGUCGAGUUUAUAGAGGCUAGAUGCACUACUUGGUAUUUCAUGUUUAAUAUGUUUUUGUUUACCGCUUUUGCUUGGUGAGGUUUGGUAGUGAAUAAG